AUGAAUCGAGACCUCUGUUUCAGACCUUCUGUUGAUUCAGAUAACCGCGUGAACAGUACAGUGGAGCGGUGGUGUCCAGAUAAGAUAUCAGCUAAAGUGCAGCCGCCAGCCAUCCUGGUGCGGCUGUUGAAGGGCCUGGCGUACGUGAUACCCACGUGGCAGAUUGUGCCCUCCGCUGACAUUGUCACGCCCUCCUGUGCGCUCUGCUCCCAUCACCAGAUAUCAGCUAAAGUGCAGCCGCCAGCCAUCCUGGUGCGGCUGUUGAAGGGCCUGGCGUACGUGAUACCCACGUGGCAGAUUGUGCCCUCCGCUGACAUUGUCACGCCCUCCUGUGCGCUCUGCUCCCAUCACCAGAUAUCAGCUAAAGUGCAGCCGCCAGCCAUCCUGGUGCGGCUGUUGAAGGGCCUGGCGUACGUGAUACCCACGUGGCAGAUUGUGCCCUCCGCUGACAUUGUCACGCCCUCCUGUGCGCUCUGCUCCCAUCACCAGAUAUCAGCUAAAGUGCAGCCGCCAGCCAUCCUGGUGCGGCUGUUGAAGGGCCUGGCGUACGUGAUACCCACGUGGCAAAUUGUGCCCUCCGCUGACAUUGUCACGCCCUCCUGUGCGCUCUGCUCCCAUCACCAGAUAUCAGCUAAAGUGCAGCCGCCAGCCAUCCUGGUGCGGCUGUUGAAGGGCCUGGCGUACGUGAUACCCACGUGGCAGAUUGUGCCCUCCGCUGACAUUGUCACGCCCUCCUGUGCGCUCUGCUCCCAUCACCAGAUAUCAGCUAAAGUGCAGCCGCCAGCCAUCCUGGUGCGGCUGUUGAAGGGCCUGGCGUACGUGAUACCCACGUGGCAGAUUGUGCCCUCCGCUGACAUUGUCACGCCCUCCUGUGCGCUCUGCUCCCAUCACCAGAUAUCAGCUAAAGUGCAGCCGCCAGCCAUCCUGGUGCGGCUGUUGAAGGGCCUGGCGUACGUGAUACCCACGUGGCAGAUUGUGCCCUCCGCUGACAUUGUCACGCCCUCCUGUGCGCUCUGCUCCCAUCACCAGAUAUCAGCUAAAGUGCAGCCGCCAGCCAUCCUGGUGCGGCUGUUGAAGGGCCUGGCGUACGUGAUACCCACGUGGCAGAUAGUGCCCUCCGCUGACAUUGUCACGCCCUCCUGUGCGCUCUGCUCCCAUCACCAGAUAUCAGCUAAAGUGCAGCCGCCAGCCAUCCUGGUGCGGCUGUUGAAGGGCCUGGCGUACGUGAUACCCACGUGGCAGAUAGUGCCCUCCGCUGACAUUGUCACGCCCUCCUGUGCGCUCUGCUCCCAUCACCAGAUAUCAGCUAAAGUGCAGCCGCCAGCCAUCCUGGUGCGGCUGUUGAAGGGCCUGGCGUACGUGAUACCCACGUGGCAGAUAGUGCCCUCCGCUGACAUUGUCACGCCCUCCUGUGCGCUCUGCUCCCAUCACCAGAUAUCAGCUAAAGUGCAGCCGCCAGCCAUCCUGGUGCGGCUGUUGAAGGGCCUGGCGUACGUGAUACCCACGUGGCAGAUAGUGCCUUCCGCUGACAUUGUCACCUCCGCCAUUCGCUGCCCAGAGAAGCUGAAGAAGAUAGCAGCGAGCCCAUACACCUACCGUGCUCGCCCGCGGAUGCGAACCGCCCUCACCAUGCUGCACGCCAGCCAAGACGCAGAGGCCUCCCUCCCUUCCAUCUCCCUGCCCUUCCUGCUGCUCCACGGGGACGCCGACACAGUUACAGAGCUGGACGGCAGCCAGGCAAUGUAUGAUGCCCAUUUCCCUGCCCUCAACCCCUCUCUCGUUACCCCCCUCCCUCUCCCCCUCCGCUCCCCCCUGACAGAUAGCAGCGAGCCCAUGCACCUACCACGCUCGCCCGCGCAUGAGAACAGCCCUUACCAUGCUGCAUGCGAGCCAGGACGCCAAGUUCUCCCCUUCCCCAUCCACUCCCGCCCCAACCCGACACAGAUAGCAGCCAGCCCAUACACGUACCGCGCUCGCCCGCGCAUGAGAACAGCCCUCACCAUGCUGCACGCCAGUCAAGACGCAGAGGCCUCCCUCCCGUCCAUCUCCCUGCCCUUCCUGCUGCUCCACGGGGAUGCCGACACAAUAGCAGCCAGCCCAUACACCUACCGCGCUCGCCCGCGCAUGCGAACAGCUCUCACCAUGCUGCACGCCAGCCAAGACGCAGAGGCCUCCCUGCCCUCCAUCACCCUGCCUUUUCUCCUCCUCCACGGGGAUGCCGACACAGUCACAGAGCUGGACGGCAGCCAGGCAUUGUAUGAUAGAGCGAGGAGUGAGGACAAGACGUUGAAGGUGUAUGAGGGUGCGUGGCACCUGCUGACUGAAGGGGAACCUGAGGAGACUGCUGAGACUGUUCUGAGGGAUAUGAUUGGCUGGCUGGGCGAGAGAAGUCAACGCAAGUCAAGCGGGUAA